AUGAGCGCCAUCCGUCCCGAGGGGUCGAAUGAGGACCACGCACCAAAGCCCACAGCAGAAGCCGAGCCACUUCUGGGGAGACGAUCUUCAGCAACAUCUCACAGUGCUCAACCGUCUACCAAGCAACUCACGACUCGACAUGCGUUUGCGAUUCUUGUCACUUUGCAGAUCGGCAGUGGUAUUUUCGCCAGCCCUGCCCAGGUCGACAGCAAUGUACCCUCCCCUGGAGCCGCAUUGCUUGUCUGGAUUCUUGGAGGCUUGCUCUCAUGGGCAGGUGCAGCCUCGUUUGCCGAGCUUGGUGCUGCCUUGCCGUUGAACGGGGGCAUGCAAGAGUACUUGCGUUACGUUUUCGGUGACACAUUCGCAUUUCUCAUGGCAUGGGUCUACAUCAUGGCUGUCAAACCUUCGUCGAUGGCCAUUCAAAGCAUUGUGAUUGCAGAGUCAAUUGGCUCUGUCAGCUCAAGUGAGCCACUUCCCGGCUGGUUACUGAAGCUCAUUGCUGCCAUAGCCUUUGUGUCCAUGGUUCUGCUCAACUCCUUCAACACCAAAUUCACACUGCGACUGAGCGAGUCUUUCACAGUGUUCAAGAUCUCCACAGUAGGUUUGAUUGUACUUGGUGGCUUCAUCGCAGUCGUUGCGCAUCUUGUCAAUCCCCACUCGUCGCUUUCUGGCACAUCAGAUUGGUAUUCGAAGAAUUGGUUUGCAACACGACCAACAAUCUCAGAGGGACAAAUCAUCGACUGGAACGCAAUCAGUACCUGGGAACGAUACGGCCAUUACUGCGCAGCAAUCUACGGAGGCUUAUGGGCUUACGAUGGUUGGGAUAAUGCCAAUGUCGUCGCCAGCGAGAUCCGUGAUCCUGGUCGCUCCUUACCCAAAGCCAUCAAAGCAGCGAUGGUAGUCGUCUUGAGCUCAUUCGAGUUUGUCAAUAUCGCCUACUACAUCCUUCUCUCGUGGGACAAGCUGAGCUCUAACAAUGCCGUGGCUGUUUCUGCCGCGACCUCACUUUUGGGUCGACCUGCAGGCAUGCUCGUCACCAUACUUGUUGCUGUAUCGUGUGCCGGCUCCGUGACAAGUAAUGUCUUCUCUGUUGGUAGACUCACUGUGGCAGCCUCGCAGCGUCACUACCUGCCCGCUUUCUUCAGCAAGCGAGGUCUGCCCAUGCUGAAUGACUCAGCCGACGAUGAUUCCACUGUCUCCAGCUUCGAUGCUCCUAUUUACGCCAACAUCCUCGCACUAGUGAUCACUUUGAUCUAUAUCUUGACGGGCAGUUUCAGAGCUCUUCUCACUUUUGUCGGAAUGGCCGAAUGGGUCUUUUACGUCAGCACUGUCAUAGGUCUGUUGAUUCUUCGUCGUCGAGAGCCGCAGCUCGAACGACCCUAUCAACCUACAGUCAUUCUGCCCGUGGUCUUUGUGAUUGUUGGUACCUUGGUUAUUUUGCGCAGUGCAAUGUUUGCCCCAGUGCAGAGCGGAGUCCUUGCAGGCCUGCUAGUCAUGGGGGCCGCAAUCGGCAUGUUGCGUUCGAGAUGA